AUCAGUCGCCAUAUUGAUCGCGUAACGUGUUAUCAAUAUUUUAUUAUUAUUAUUGUGUUCGGCGUUUGUUUUGCGCCUCGCGCCGACCAGCCACACACCGACACCGCACGACGGACGAGUGAUAAAAAAUUAAUUAUUGGUUGUAACACGACAACGGAGCUUGGAAACUCAGCCGCCGCCGCCAGCCGUAUAGUAGUCCUUUUUACGACUUUGUUUCCACUUUAGUGUUCCGUAGGCCGUUCACGUUUGCUGCGGCGUUUCCCCCGUCGGCCGCGUUUGUCACCGUUGUCGACGCAGUUGGAUAAUAAUAAUAAUAAUAGUAAUAAUAACAAUAGCUUUAUUGUGUUAUACUUUUGUUGCCAUUGCUGAUUGCUGAUUGCCGACUGUGGAAUAAUGACGGACACGAAACCGCUGUUGGACAGCGGAGAUUCGACCGCCCAAAAGGCUUCGGAAGCAGAUUCUCCUUCAUCGUCCAUUAUUGAUUCCAAUACAUUAUCUACUAAUGUACCAAAUGAAAAUUCAGAAUUUACAGUUCCUGAAAUGGGACCUGAAAAUGCUGCUUCUAAAGUAACAUGUAGAGUUUGUCAAGAAAUGAUUGAUGUAAUUGGUAAAAGGGAACAACAUGUUGUAAAAUGUAAUCGCUGCAAUGAAGCCACUCCUAUUAGAAGUGCUCCAGCAGGCAAGAAAUAUGUACGCUGUCUGUGUCACUGUCUUUUGAUUUGCAAAAGUACAUCACAACGUAUUGCUUGUCCCCGUAUAAACUGCAAAAGAGUUAUAAACUUAGCGCCAAGUCCUGUAACACCGCCGGUUCCUCAGAUUCCAGGCAUGUGUCGCGUUACUUGUGUGCACUGCCAGGAUACAUUCCUUUUUAAUAUGUUACAAAACGCAUUGGCCAGAUGCCCGCAUUGCCGUAAAGUGUCUUCUGUUGGCCCCGACUUUGCUAAAACAAAAGCCAUAUUUUUCCUCAUUUUAUCUGUAAUACUGUUUGUUAUUGGCGGAGGUGUUGUAUUCUUCACAUAUUCAAAUGCAAAGGCUCACAGCGGUUAUUUCAUUAUUCACAUUGGUGUUCUCAUGUUAACACUUUUAGCACUUUGGAAAUGUCUAUAUUACUGCCGAAUUAAAGUCAGCUCUAUUGAUGGACCUGUUUAAAAAUAAUAAUAAAUUGUAUCCUUAGAAUAUUGGCCAUUUUCAAUGUUUAAAAAAAAUUAUUUUAUACUAAGGUAAAUAAUUAUUGUAGUUUUAUACCUCUUGUUUUUUUUUUUUGUUUAAUAUGAAUUGUAUUUGUUGGAUCUUAUAAUAUGAAGAAAACAAUUCUAUUUACAAGUGUACACUUGU